AGAUCAAAUAUGUUUAAAUUUACAUAAUUAUUUUACUAUUUUAUUAAAUUAAUUUUAUUUGUUAAAUUUUUCGGCCUAUAUUUUUACCACCAUGGAGAAUGCCACUAAUAUCGCCAAUAAAUCUCUUCACAAAUAUCCACAACUUAAAAAUUUUUAGAAAUCUUAAUAAGGAAUAGUGUUAUUCAAACCAAAAAGGAAUUAUGGCAUAUUUAUGGAUUAUUUUAUACGUAAAGUACUCUCCAAUCAAUAUCAAAUACCACUAACCGAUGAUGUUACCGAACUAGUACUAAAAGAACCGGACACUUACGUAAAGGAUGGUUCCAAAGAUUGUUGCUACUUAUCAAAAGCAAUAUCAAAUCAUUAUGAAAUUUUUAAAGAUCCCAAAAAUCAAGCAAUGGACAUUCUAAAAAGCAUUAAAUUGGUUUCUUUAACAUAUACAUUAUCCUUUCACGAUCCCCUACCAAAAGCAGAGGUCGAAUGUGACAACGAAAGUUUACAAGAGAUCAAAAAAUAUUUUAAAAAUCUUCCUUACUCGCAUGUCGAAAUGAAGUCAUCGAUCAACUGUAAAUACUUUGAGGGAAAUGCUGAUUUGAUAUUUGAUCAGGAAGUGUUGUAUGAAAUAAAAACAUCUAAAUAUUCAUCACUUUCUCGUAAUGAUAAAAAUAUUCAUGUGAAAAAUUUCUAUAAAUUGAUUUUAUAUGGUUUUGGUUAUUAUAAGAAAACGGGUAAACUUAUUAAAUGUUUUAAGAUCUAUAAUCCACUGCUGGGUCAUGAACAUACCCUUAAAUUUGAUGAUAUUGAUAUGAAACAUUUCGAGCAAUGUUUAAGUAAGAAGUAGAAAAUAAUAUGUUUACUCUUUUAUUUUUUAGAUUAUAUUAUAUUAAAGCAUCCUUUCAGUUUUUAAACUUUUUAUGCGACUUUUUAUGAUAAUAAAAAUAUUUUAAAAUU